AUGGCCUGUGCUGAGUGCCGACAUGUCUUAGACACUGCGUGCUUCGGAGUAAAUCUCAAGCAAAAGCUCCUGCAAAAAGCGGCAUUGCUCGGUGUCCCGUCUCGUCGAGGGGCUGGGAGGGGAGGUUCCGAGUGGGGGUACAAAAGGAAGGUUUCCAGCGUGACUGUGCCUCUGGUCAAGUGCGUGUUUGCCUUUGUUUGUCCCCAGUUGCGUGCGUUUCCGGGCUGGCUCAGCGGAGGACGGGAUGUUGCCGGCUCAGCCAGGGGAUUUACGUGGGACUGCGACUCUCUGGUGCCGUCAUUGACCUUCGCCGAUCUGAACCCUCGUCCCCCAACACCUAAACAAACCCCGACCUCCGCUGUCUUCCCCAGUCCUGUCUUCGAGACUCCCAAGCUCAACCAAGGCUCCUUCACCGACGCCGGGGGCUGGACACCGCGCUUCGCCGAGGACUACUCCGUCUUCAACUCGACCCCGGGAAACCUCCGCGGCUCCCAGGGUCCCUUUGUUGACUUCGGCCCGGGUACGCCCGCCACCCGUCACAAGAGACUGCUCUCCGCAGAGGGUCUCGCGGUCGAGAUCGCAACUCAUGUGAAUCACUUCUCGCCCAAUCCCAGCCUGCCCUUGCCUCCGGUCGAUCCAUCUCGCCGCCUGGCCUCAUCCCCGAAUUCGAUAACCGUCCCCAAAGAAUACACCGCCGACUCCGACUCUCUGCCGAGCCCAGACCCGUCCAAGCAGCCCCCGUCGUCGUCAAAGAAGGCACGGAGGGGUACUGUCACUGACUCGGAGCCCACGCAAACUGCGACACCUCCGCCUACCGGCCGCAGGGGAGAGCGGAAGCUUGCUCCAAAGAUCACUAUGCAAAAUGACCAGAGCUUCGGCCAGCCUGAUUUUACCGGGGCUUCGCAGCAGCAUGACAUUGCUGCCCUGAUGGCCGCCUCCGGCGACAUGUUUGGAUAUCCCAUGUCGGCGCCGGCCGGUGCGCCGGCCAACUUCUGGGACCCUUCAACCAUGGGAAUGGACUUGGAUUUUAGUGCGCCUGCGUCAAACGUCUUCCAGACGACUCCCGCACACUCCCAUCGUCACACGGGAUCUUUUGACUGGAACAGCGAGAUCCAGUUAUUCCAGGACCCGAGCGCACCGAUGCCGUCGACAAACCAGGGGAACAUGCAGCCGCUUCGACAAGAACGUAUCCUCGCCCCCAAACCCUUGGUUCCGCAUCCAAGCACGACAGCCGCAACCGUUGCCAUGUCUGCUGCAUUUGCUGCAUCCAUGGACGAUCCGUUUGGUAUCAUGGCCCCUGGAGAUGCGGUGGAUCCUGGGCUGCUCUUUAGUCGACCUCAAACCUCCGCUAUGGAGGCGAGUUUCAUGCCUGUGACAAUGUCUGGGUCAGCCGAGGCAGCAAUCGCGGAGUCUGGGUCCAGGACACCAAUUGGAGAUGAACUCCGCCGAUCGGCUAGCGCUAAAGACAUGAGGCUGGGUGCGGUGCCAGAUCGUUCUUUUGCCAGUUCCCCUGUCAAAUCCAAUCGACCAGGACUCAAUCGAAGCGUGAGCGAGAACAGGGGAAGGCGGACUCAAAACCGUCCGGUGCUCCCAAAGUUGGCCCCCGCUGCCCGGCCAGUCUCGCAGGCCAGUAGCACAUCUAGCGUAGAGUCUGGAAGGCCCAUGGCCCGCCCUUCGGGAAGAGCAUCCCCUCUCAAAAGCCAGCACCGACUAUCGGGCCUUGCGUCGAUACCUGAGACGGCGCCGCAGCCUCGAACCCGCACAUCGGUCAGGUUCACAAUCGAUUCCCGUGGACGAGCCCGCGCUGAGACGACGAUCCUGCAUGGUGAGCGUGACUUGGAUGGUACUGUUAGCCACCGGCGAACUUCUCGUGAGAGGAGUCAUACAGAAGGCUUUUCAUCAGGAGACGACUCAUCGACAGAUGACGAGCCCAUAAUUAUCCCAAGCCGAACCAACUCUUUCAAUGCAUCCUUUGCCCUCCCCGACCCCUUGAGGCCCGUGGGCUCCAUUUUUCACUCGUCAAGACGAAGUGUCAGUGAUAGGAGUACGAGCAGUUUCGCAAUGGAUGGCGGGUCCCAGCACGAGGCGGAGAGUGAGGCGGAAACGGUCAUGAAUGAGCACCACGACAAGGUGGGAGAUGCAACGAGUGAGCUGCGAAAAGUGAUUGAGGAUCGCCAGAAGCGAUCAAAUCAGAUGGGAGGCGCAAGGUCACAGCGGUACCUGCAGACCAACAAUCUCGGCAGCUUUCGUGGCGACACCAUCUCGCCGUCAAACCUCACAGAGUCGAGCCUGUUGACGGACAGACAAGACAUCCGAUGUGUUUGUAACCGGAAGGCAUCUGAGGAGGGAGACGGCUUUAUGGUUCAAUGUGAGUCGUGUGAGAUGUGGCUCCAUGGCAAAUGUAUCAACAUCACCCGGCGGACGCUCCCAAGAGUUUACAUUUGCGCAUUUUGUGCAAACACGCCGAACAUGCGGGGAGGCCGGUUGCGAGAUACUGGGCGAGGAAAUGUGAAGGGUGCGCCGUCUCCGCUGGCAACCAAAUCAUUCAGGUCAUUUCGAUGA